AUGCUACAGUAUGGUAGAAAAUUGGAUAGCCUAACUCAGGAGCAACAAGCAGGAAGUAAGGAGCCACAGAGCAGAAGCAGAGAGCAGGCGGUAUUACUGGAGAGGAAGGUAGGUGGCAACAUCGAUAUAGCAGAAGUGAAAGCAUGCUGCUUAUAUGCGCUGCACGGCAUUAUGUCCGCUGCCAUGUUAUUGGCUGUCAUAAGCUCCAUUGAUGAAGAGGUUAAAACGAGUUCUUCGAGAGCUGCUAAUCAGUUGCUGCUUAGCUAA